CAUCCAUCCGGUCUUGCUGGUCUGGUUUCCGUCGGCGUCUAGGGAUUUAGCUAAAAAGAUCGAACCCAGAGAGAGAAAGAGAAAGAAAGAGAGAGAGAGAGAUAGCUAUGGGCGGCGGCCAUGGAGACGGACACAGCACGACUUACAAAGGAAUGACUUUGCAUCAGCCAAAGCGUUGGCAUUCUGUCACAGGAAAGGGCAUGUGCGCCCUCAUGUGGUUUUGGGUUCUGUACAGGGCAAAGAAAGACGGUCCUGUUGUACUGGGUUGGCGCCAUCCUUGGGACGGGCACGGAGAUCACAGUGAACAUGAGGGAUCUCAUUGAUGAUGUAAGGAAGGAAGGAAGGAUUUGAAGAAUCACAACCACCUCUUGUUUACUCUGCUGCACUUUCUGGCAUGUCUCCUUUGACCUCCGUUUGAAUAAUUACAUAAAACCCGCUGUUAGACAUAAACGAGUUUUGGAAGUUUUAAUGUUUUAUUAUUACCUUUGUGCCAUUACUUGGCUAAAUUCUUCUCCCAUGGUGAAAAAAAAGCUAGUAAUUCACUGAAACCCUUAAAAUGGUAAAAAUAUAUUAUUGUUUCUGUUGGGCAGUUACUUGUCUCUUAUCA